CUCUGCACCUCGAUAUCGAUGUGAUCCUCGAAAUACCGGUAUCUGGAAGCGGGCGGUAUUUGGGCCGCAUGAUGCUAGUAGCAGUGCGCCAACCCGACAAUGCCGGAAGAAUCGAGGCUCGUUGCUCGCGGUUCGUUUUGCUCGUAUGCACGCCAUGAGCCAUUCUCGCUCAUUAUUCGUCCGAUCGUCAAACGUCCACAAGACACUCAAGACGACCCUCCCACAAUCAAGCCCUUUCGCCUCGGCGGCCGCGGCCUGCGCAGGCACCCAUUACUUGGCCGUGAUUAAUAUACCAGCUUUUACAUUGUGUCGCUCUGCCCUCAACACCACUCUCCCAUACACCCCCAACGCCUCCUCUAGCGAUGACGCACUCGACUUCUUCAGAGAAGGAGCAGUCGCCAAGUCCACAAGCGGGUGAAGACUCCGUGGCCGACAUAGCGACUGAUGGCGACGCAAAGCCGGACGCCGCCCAAGGAGGCAUGGGAGCAUACUUCCGUGUGUUCAAGUAUGCCGAUCGGCUCAGCUGGACGCUCAAUAUCAUCGCCUUCAUCGCUGCCAUUGCUUCCGGGACUCUUCUGCCUUUGAUGGACCUGAUAUUUGGAAAAUUCGUCACUACUUUCACCAGGUUUGCGAUAGGUGAACUCUCGCCGGCGGGAUAUCGAUCUGAAGUGAACAAAUACACCCUGUACUUUGUCUACUUGUUUAUCGGCAAGUUCGCGUUGGUCUAUGUGCACUCGGUAUUGGUUUCGAUAACCGCCAUUCGGACGACGAAAGCGCUCCGAAUUGACUUCAUCGAAAAUACACUCAGACAGAACAUCGCCUACUUCGACUCAGCCGAUGCCAGUUCGGUGACUGCGCAAGCUACCACAAAUGCAAACAAUGUGAGCAACGGGAUAUCAGAGAAGUUGACAUUGACAAUUCAAGGAAUUUCGACGUUUGUUACCGCAUUUGUGGUUGCCUUCGCGGUGCAAUGGAAGCUGACCCUGAUCACCAUUUCUAUCGUUCCCACUAUCCUAGUCGUAAUAAGCAUAUGCGUCGUUCUAGACACCAAGCAGGAAGCAGAAAUGCUAUCGAUCUAUGCGAAAGCCGGCCUCCUUGCCGAAGAAGUAUUUUCUACAAUGCGUACCGUCCAUGCGUUCUGGCUGAGCCCUCUCUUAUCCCGCAAAUACGAUGCCCUCUUGGGCGAAGCGAUGAAAGUGGGAAUGAAGAAGUCGCCAAACUACGCCGUCCUGUUCUCGACCGAGUUCUUCUGCAUAUAUUCUGGUUUCGGUCUUGCAUUCUGGCAAGGCGUUCGGAUGUAUCUCAGUGGAGAGAUUCACGAAUCGGGCGAUGUCUUCACUGUGAUUCUCGCGGUUAUUGUGGCAGCCACCGCCAUGACGACUAUUGCACCCCAGAUACUUGCUAUUUCGAAGGCCUCGUCGGCGGCCGAUGAGAUGUUUCGGACGAUCGAUCGCGAGUCGGAAAUCGACCCCCUCGAUGACAACGGAAAGAAACCUAGCGAAUGCGUCGGCAACGUCGAAAUUCGAGAUGCCAACUUCGCAUAUCCGGCAAGGCCCGAUAUCCAAGUCCUGAAAGGCUUCUCUCUGUCCGUACCAGCGGGGAAGACAACUGCCCUGGUCGGCGCCAGCGGAUCCGGAAAAAGCACAAUCGUCGGGCUCCUCGAACGAUGGUACGAUACGAACAGCGGACACUUGACUCUUGACGGCAUCAAUAUCCGAGAGCUAAACCUGAGGUGGCUUCGCACAAAUAUACGCCUCGUGCAACAAGAACCUGUCCUCUUCAGUGGUACCGUCUAUGCGAACGUCGCUUUUGGUCUCUUCGGUACCGAGAAAGCCAAUCUUCCGGAAGAUGAGCAGCGAGCUUUGGUGGAGAAAGCAUGCAAAGCCGCCUAUGCAGAUGAGUUUGUCGAGAGGCUACCCAAGGGCUACGAUACCCAAGUCGGUGAACGAGCCAUGAUGCUCUCUGGUGGCCAGAAGCAGAGGCUUGCAAUCGCUCGCAGCAUUGUUUCCGAUCCGAAGGUGCUUCUUCUCGAUGAAGCUACGAGCGCACUAGACCCAAAAGCCGAGAAGAUCGUUCAGCAGGCCCUGGACAGCGUAUCGAAGAACAGGACCACCAUCGUCAUCGCCCACAAGCUAUCCACCAUUCGAAAUGCCGACAAUAUAGCAGUAAUCUCUGAUGGAUCCGUGGUCGAACAAGGCACCCAUGACAAACUCCUCGAAGCGGAUGAGGCAUAUGCACGCCUUGUUCGGGCCCAGGACCUUGGACGUGCUGAUGACGAUGAGAGUCACCCCAACGACGAUAUUGGCGAGAAACCGAUACUUGUGCGGACGCAGACCCAAGCUACCUCUGCUCAUGGUGAGGCUGCGAAAAACUCAGCAAAAGAUGGUAUCAACUACAACCUUAUCCAGUGCAUCUUCAUUAUUUUCUGGGAGCACCGUAGAUUGUGGCCUUCCUUCGUGAUCCUAGCGAUCGCUUCCCUAUGUGGAGGUGCCACCUAUCCUGCACAAGCCGUCCUCUUUGCACGAAUUGCACGAGCCUUCGAACUUCAAGAUAUCGACCGCGCUCGAGACCAAGGCGACUUCUACUCCCUCAUGUUCUUCAUCGUGGCGAUUGGAAAUCUCGCUGUCUACUCCUUAAUAGGUUGGUUCAGUAAUAUUGUGGUACAGCACGUCUCGAGAGGAUAUCGCCGCGAGAUUUUCGAGCUCAUUCUCAAGCAAGAUAUGAACUUCUUUGACAAGGAAGAGAAUGCGUCUGGCUCGCUGGCCUCCAAUUUGUCGAACUACCCGAACAGCCUUACCGAGCUUCUGGGCUUCAACGUCAUGCUCAUAUUCAUCAACGUCGUCAACGUUCUCUCAAGCUCGAUAUUGGCUCUCGCUACCGGUUGGAAGCUCGGCCUAGCGGUAGUUUUCGGUGCCCUCCCGCCCCUAGUCUUCUCGGGCUACCUUCGCAUUCGACUUGAAUUCAAGCUUGAAGAAGACACAGGCAAGCGCUUCGCUCGCAGCGCCGCGCUGGCGACGGAAGCCGUCUCUGCGAUUCGAACUGUCUCGUCGCUUGCACUGGAAAGACAUAUCAUUGAGAAGUACCAUGACCUUCUCCACGGCGUCGCAAAGCAGUCCAUGAAAGCCUUGAUCUGGACGAUGUUCUGGUAUUCACUCACUCAGUCAAUUUCUUUCCUAGCAAUGGCCCUUGGCUUUUGGUACGGUGGUCAAUUGAUCAGCCGCGGAGAGUACACUACGAUGCAGUUCUUUACUGUCUUCAUUGCGGUCAUAUUUUCAGGCGAGGGAGCCGCUUCUUUCUUCUCGUACACCACUAGCAUGACCAAAGGAGGGAACGCCGCCAACUACAUCUUCUGGCUUCGUCGCCUCAAUCCGGCGGUAGGAGAGGAGCCAUCGAAACCACCUUAUGAUGAUGACGGCGACGAGAAGGAUCCGGCUCAUAUGGAAGUGCAAGACGUGGCGUUCGCAUACGAGACUCGCCCCAACACCAAAGUUCUCGCAGACAUCGAUGUCGACGUUCGCCCAGGCGAGUUCGUAGCCUUUGUUGGAGCGUCCGGCUGCGGAAAGAGCACCAUGAUCGCGCUCCUGGAACGCUUCUAUGACCCAGUGUCAGGCCGCAUUGCAUGCGAUGGGCAUGCUCUAACGGACCUAUGUCCGCGAAAGUAUCGCAGCCAUGUCUCGCUCGUCCAACAAGAGCCUGUGCUCUACCAAGGCUCCAUCCGCGACAACAUCGCCAUGGGUGUCGACGCGCAGGUCACAGAUGCGCAGAUCGAAGAUGCAGCUCGCCAGUCUAACAUCUACACUUUCGUAGCUUCACUUCCAGAGGGCUUUAACACCCUCUGCGGUAACCGUGGCACACAGCUCUCUGGCGGCCAGCGCCAACGCAUCGCCAUCGCGCGCGCCCUCAUCCGAGCGCCCCGCCUCCUACUGCUCGACGAAGCAACAUCCGCGUUAGACACCGAGUCGGAGAAAGUAGUCCAGGCGGCGCUCGAAACGGCUAAAAGCGGACGCACUACUAUUGCCGUCGCGCACAGACUGAGCACAAUCAAGGACGCUGACACAAUCAUCGUGUUCUCGAGAGGAAGGAUUGCGGAGACCGGCACACAUGCGAGUCUGCUGGCCAAGAGGGGCAUGUACUAUGAGAUGUGUUUGGGCCAGAGUUUGGAUAGGAGUAUUCCUGCAUAGAAUCGUGCAUUUCCUUUUCUUGCGUUCCGAAACCGCAUGAUAGAAUGGAGGUUUACCACUCCAGUUGUAUAAAUAGAAAAGAUGAGGGCGGUUCAGGGUAUCGGAACUGCAUUUCGAGCUCAAGAUCUGCAUAUCAAAUCCC